UCCUAACCCCUCUCUCUCUCUUCUUUCACCAUCUCCUCUCCCUUCUUCUUCAAUCCUGCACAAUGGUGAACUUCAAGUGGUCUUCUCUUGCCCUGCUCGCCCUGCGCGUUGCUACCGUUUUCGCGGCCGAAGAUGUCGAUGCCGAGCCCGUCACGGCGGUGCCCGUUGAGCAGCCCGAGGUCAAGGCUGAGUUCGAGACCAUCUUCCCGGAUGCCGACAUCUUUGGCGUUAAGAUCGUCAACGGCCGUGUCACCAAGGCGCUGAUCGAGGUCACCAAUCGUGAGGAGACGCCUAUUGAGGUCGCCUUUGUCGCCGGUCAUCUCCGGAGCAUGAAGCCUCUCCCUGACGGUGCGCCGGAGUCGGCUGCCGUCCUGCGCAACCUGACGGCGGUCCGGUACGACGUCUCGAUUCCCGCCGGCGAGAAGCACCAGCUUCCCUUCCAAUUCGUCCUCGACAUGAUGCCCCAGGACGUUAUUCUUGAACUCGUGGCUAUCGUCAGCAACUCCGCCACCAAGCAGACCUCCUUCCUUCUGGCCCACAAAGGUCCCGCGAGCAUUGUCGAUCCUCCGACCAGCAUCUUCGACCCUCAGAUCAUCUUCCUCUACCUCUUCCUGACCGGCGUCUUCGGCGCAACGCUCUACUUCGUCUACAAGACCUGGAUUGAGGCGCUCUUCCCGCAGGCGCGACCGGCCAAGAGUUCCGGAGGUGGCAAGAAGAGGCGCGCCGUCGUCGAGACAGAGCCGCUCUCAGGCUCCGAGUCGGCCGGCGCCACGAGCGGCGGCGACGGCAAGAGCUACGACGAGAGCUGGAUUCCAAACCACCACAUCAACCGCCCCGUGGCGAGGCGCGUCAAGAGCGGUGCUAGCGGCAAGGCGAAAUAAAUUAUUCAAAAACGUCUAUCCGAAUCCCAGCGGCAUUAGCGAUGGGUGCGCGCUUUGGAUGGAGUGAAAGUUGGUUGAGUGGAAAGAGAGGUGGGAGUGCAUGGAGUGUGUGUGUGACGAUACUCAGACGAGAAGGAUAACUGGCUAACAGUCGAAUGUGGUGGCGAUCUUUCCCCAGUUGUGUUAGAUCAUCUGCAAAACUUGGUGUCAUUUGUCUGAUUGAAUGGGUUGGGCAGAGGAUCAAAAGGCCGGAACUGGAGGGGUACCAUGCAACAAUAAGAAAUUGGCGUCUUUUUGCG